AAACCAGAAAAAUUGAAGUUGAAGAGCUCGAGCGUCUCUGUUGUGUUUUUGUUUGUUAUAUUCUGUGAAAUUAUUUAUUUUUCUGUCAAAUGAAGUGUUGAUAUUAAAUAAUCGUGGGAAUUAAAUUUGGCGGAUUAACUUGUGGAGAACAUACAAUUUCGUUUUACAACAUUUUAAUGGAGGGCAAUAAUGCAUUGAAAAGUCAGUUAAGAGGGAAUUUAUGUGGUCCAAGAAUGGCAUUUGAUCGGUUCCAGAAUGCAGUAUCAGGGUCAGACUCGUACUUCUCUCAGCAGAAGAACCAGGCCAGUCUUAUAGAUAUUGGGAGGCUGCCUCACCCCUAUCCAUUACCCGAGUUCCCUCUGUCUGAGGAUGCCAACCUCUACACCCCAUGGGGAGCUCCAGAUGACUUUCACAAUUUUAUGGAUUGUGCUCAAAGCAAUCACAAAAAUAUAUUUGAAAGGAGUCAGAUGGAUGCAAACCAGUGUGGAAGUGAGGCUGAUCUCUAUGGCUUAGUGUCCAAUAUCUUGGAAGAUGCUGAUCAGUCGGACACUACUUUUGCAGAAGAAAACCAAGGCAAUCUGAAGUGUGCUUGGUCUCCUAAAACCAUGAGACAGAACAGCUUGCAGCAGUACUUUACCCCUGAACUGAAGAUGCAGCUUAACUCCGGCUUCCAGCCAGGCCUGGGCUACUCUGACCCCCAGCUCAAGGCUCUGCGGCAGCUCACGGGCAAGGACGUUCAGCUCCGGGCCGACUGCCUCCAACAUCUCAGUGACUUUGAAAGUGACCCUCUCUGGCUCCCACCCCUCUACAAUGGAGACCCUCAGGCCUACCCCACUCUGGAGACAGAGCUGCCUAAACCCCCAGGUCUAGAGCUGCCCCCAGGGGCCGGCUCAUACAUGUCCAAGGCCCGCGUGGGAAAGGCUCAAGAAUUCGUGAAAGACGAGGGCCUCUGCGGGAUUGCCGGGGCCCUUGAGUCUGGAAGGCCGGGUGAGUCGUACUACAGUGACUACGGGGAUGAUUUUGGCAUUGGCCACACCAAGCCCAAGAUGCAGAAGCCCCUCUCCAUGCAGGAGGUGAGCAAGCUGGCGGCCAACAUGCAGGCCAUGCUGAUGGGGGACCAGGAGAGCAUCUACUCCCGUGAGCUCCACCAGAACAGAGCACUGAACCACAGGCACUACGAGGACAGCGCGGCCGAACAGAAAAGCCUCCUGUACCCCCGCAUCCCUCCGGCUAUGCAGUUCAAGAGAGAUGUGCAAAGGGACUUCGGGGAGCAGCGUGGGAGCGACCUGGGGAAAAGGCAGUCCCCGCCAUGUGACUUCUACGCGGGACCCGGGCAGCAGCAGUGCGACUACUUCCAGACCUUACCCUCACCCCAGCCAAUCAAGAACAGCAUCAGCAGCAGUGGUGUCAAUGAGCCCAACCUCAAUCAGUAUGUCUCGAUGUACACUCAGGCAAACCAGUACCAUGGCCAAGGCAAGCAGAUGUCCAGAGCUGACAUGAUGGGUGGAGGUAAUCUUGGGAUGCCCAGGUUCUCUACUCCCUCUGCUUCUGACCUUCGCUCACUGCUGACCACCCAGCAGCUACAGAGGGGCCCUGGCCAGAGCUUCAUGUCCGACUACAGCCAGGGGGACGUUGGAGCGAGCUUGCAGGGCCGGCAAGGGCCAGGAUGUGGCAGCCUGGAGGGCCUGAGGAGAGGCCAGGGAAACGGUGGUGCUGGAGACGGGCCCGACAUGGAUGUCCACGCCGAGAAGCCUCGGAUGCACAGCUCCGACAACUGCGCCCCCCAGUGCUUCAUGGAAGGAAAGUCCAAGGCCCCAUGUGGAGACAGGAAGCAGGGCCUGCUGCAGAAUCCUUACUUGGAGCUCUUCGGCAGCCUGUAUGGACCUCAAGCCCUUCAACACAGCGCCCAAGGGAAGCCUCAGCAGUCCUCCUCCUUCCUGCCCCUGCUCUACCCACCCAUGGGUGGCCAGAGACACGGUGGCUGCAACUCCCUCCCUUCACGCUCCUCUCAUCCCUACAACUCCCUGAUGGACUUCGGUGACAUCGCGUCCGAGGGAGAGGCAGCAGGCUUUAACCCCUACUUGCAGGAGGCAAUGGGAUUGGGUGUGGGAGGAGAUCAGCUGCUCCCAGGAUUCCUCUCUGCCCUCAGGGGUCCCAGGCUGGGCAGGAGCCGCGGGGGACCCACCAACCAGCUUCACCAGCACCUGGAGGAGUGCUACGAACAGUGGAGGCUCCUGGAGAAGGAGAGGAAGAAGUCUGAGGGUAUCCUGACCAAAACUUACCCAGGGAAGCGCAUAUCAGUGGGAAGCAGCAACCCUCUGCCCAAGGUCCCUCACAACCCCUCCCGAGUGGAUCGCCUCAUUGUUGACCAGCUGCGAGAGCAAGCUAAGGUGACGAGUCUGCUGGGGAGGAUGGAGCGGCUGCGGAGCGUUCCCCUGCACGCCAACAUCUGCACAACGCUGGACCGCCACCUGGAGGCCAUCUACAACACUCAGGCCCGCCGCAGAGAGGAGCUUCUCAGCUGUAGCAACAGUAAUGGUGGCUCACACCAGAGACCCGGGACAGCUUUUCUCAACGAGGACAGAGACAUUCUCCUGCUGGCCAUGGCCCUUAGGGACCUGACCAGCAGCACCAGGAAGUCACGCACAGCCCUGUGGUGCGCCCUGCAGAUGACCUUGCCCAAAAGCAGCCACGGCCUGGAGAGCCCAGAGGCAGACAUCUACCCUGCUGCAGAGAUCCACUUGGAGAGGAUCAGCGCUGUAUUUUAGCCCCCUAGUGCAGUGACUAGGCCUCUGUCUCAGGGAAGAGAGUGAGGUAGCCUUAACUCAGUUUCAUCCAAGACAGGAUUUAUUCGUUUUUUGACAAUGUAUAUACAAUGAUAUUGAAUCUUAUGUUUUAGUCAACAGAUAGUGUUCAGUGACAUUUAUUUAAGGACAGACUUUAUUAUGCUGGUUGUGAUAUCCCAAAUCCCAGUGAAAUCUGCCAAACCCACAUUAAAGACUACCAGAGUGGCAGUAACAAGGUGUGUAUGCGUGUGUGAACAGUGGAAAGAGGGACAAAUGAGAACUUUGAGUGGUAGUGCUGAAGAUCACAGAAAGUGUAUUGACAAGGGAAGGAUAACACCACCAUUAAGGCUCUGGAAUAAACAUGUAAUGAAGGGUAUGCUGUGAAAAACUGGUUAAUAGGAAAGGGUAAAAGUUUAAAAAUGCUAACAAAAAAAGUUUCUGUUUUAUUAAUUAAUCUUGAAAUAACUUUAAGCCUGGUAUUAAUGUUCUACCAGCAUUUGGUAUCUUAUAUAUACACAUAUAUAAACAACAAACACCAAUCUUGAGUAUUAAUUAUUUAAAGCAGUAUUUAUGAAUAAUUCCUGUUGUGAUUUCUGUAACGUUAAUUUCCUUUCUUUGAUGUAUUUAUUGGAAUGUUUC